GGCAGCUACCCACGCGCGCAGGCAACAAGUUCCCCUGCAGAACCCAAUGGCGGUGUGCCAUCUGUACAAGCGUGUCAUUCAACAUGAGGCUACUGGAAAUGCCGCUCCCCCCGACACUCUGGGGCGUGCGAAAGCGGGUGAUCGUGAGAUGCGCUGGCUGGGCUCUUGCGCCUGUGGUGCUUUCUCUCUUAAGCAAACGGGUGAAGCCAUGGGAAAGAGCAGACACUGAUUCCUACUUGGAGACUAAUCGAGGCCAGUAUGGGUGCGCCUAGUCACAGCCGCGAACCCACAGAUGUUCUACAGGGCGUAGUGUUUACGCUGCUGGAAGUCUUUGAUGCUGCUCGGGACCUGUAUCAGACUUUGACGAACAAAGAGAAGAAGGACCUUGAGAAGAAGCUACGAUCGAAAGGCUACCCUAGCUCGAGGAAGCUGGAGGUCAUCGACGACACCGAAGUCGAUGGCAAUCGAGCCAUCUUGACAGACAAGCUAGCGCUGCUGCGAAGGUAUGAGGAUGGACUUCGCGACGUUGGACCUGCUUUUGCUGUUGGAGACGCACUAUCACACGUCUCCCUCCAGUCUGAGGUGAUCAAACUCCAAGGCGUGCUGCUUACGACAUUUCUGUACGGCCCUACUUCCUCAGAUCCAAUACCACAACAACUUUCAAAGAUUGACGCCGCUUCUCACGCAGCGGUAGUUGCAGCAGUCGAUAUCAUGGACGCCUCUCAGCUUCGGCUGGAGGCUGAGCGACGAGCAUCCAGCGUGUCGGUUUCCCGUAGAGGAUCCCUUCGUGCGCCUUCUAUGCCUGGAUCGUUUCACCAAGACGAGGAACAGUCAACAACUUUGGUAUCAUACCGAGAUCCUCCACAGAUUCGAGCUGGGAGUCCAGCCAAUACCACGAUCCUCAGCAGAGGCAGGCCUGAUCUGGAUGAUGUGGACACAAGGUCGUUGAGAUCUUACAAUAAACGAGCAGCAACAAAUACCGACUCACUAUACUGUUCAUACGCCAGGGAUCUCGAUCGAUACCGGUUACAGCAGCUGGGCCCCAGUAUAACCGAUGCGUGCACACCGUCGUGUCCAGACUGCAAGAGGACCAUACAUCUGUCUUCAGGCAAGACCUGGGAGGUACUGAAGAGAGACACAGGUUAUGAGCGAUGUUUCCAGAUCUCCAAUCGUUUUGUCGUCAAAUGCCAUCGCCCCGGUGCAGAUGCAGGCUACGCAUGUAUGCUAUGUUCCAAAGCGGAUGACGAUGUAACAAUAUGCGGUGACGUCAAGGCGCUCGUCAAGCAUAUGUGUGAGGACCACAAGACGUCUGAGUUCAAAGCGGAGGAGGACAUUACGGAGGUAGUCGAGUUGGCGUUGGGAGAACACAGAAGGGAUAGCGAGCUAGGUCACUUUUCUUCGCGCAGUAGCCGAAGAAGUGCUAGUGUGAGCUCACACCGGCGCGGCAGUAAGCCCCAUAUAUACGAUCGUGAGGUGGAAGCCAUAGAAAUCAGGAUGCCGAGACGAGGUGCAUGAAGCCGGGUCAAGCCACGCCGUCAACAGCUCAGCCUGACCUUCGAUUGGCCUUUUUCAUGCGGACUACGUUAGCUGCAGGCCAGAAAUGCUGGCAAAUAGAUUAUCUCCACAGUGCAAUAUGUUCAUCGGGUAUUUUGAGAUGUUCGGCGUUGCUAGAAGGCUUCGUAUUGUUAAAACCCGCACUAUUUUCAUCUCGGAUCCCACAACCUCAACAACACAAC